GUUGUGUGCUGGUUGAUGCUGAUGCUGCUAAGGCACACGGUCGGCCUCAUCACUUAAGACCAUCAUGCUCUGUCACAGAGGCCUAAAGCUCAAAGUCACUGGGGGAAGAACCACAAUGAGCCCAGUGACCCCGAGCACAGAUGUGUCCUGCUUUUCAUGAGACCGGGAAGCAAAGGCCCGAGUGGACCUUGACAGGUCUGAAACAAGGUGAGGAUGGCGAAGCGUGAUUACUUGGUGGAGGCAGCCAAGCAGAUUCACAUGGCGGUGGACAGUGAGGUCAACGAGGACUAUGAAGCAGCUUUCAGUUAUUAUAAGAAUGGGGUGGAUUUACUGCUGAAUGGGGUCCAGUUGGACCCGAACAAGGAGCGUCGGGAAGCUGUGAAGAGAAAGACAACCCAGUAUUUGAAGAGGGCUGAGGAAAUCUUCAUAACGCACCUGCAGGACAACCUCGGCAAAGGGAACUCUCAUUUAGGGGGCUACAGCAGUCUGAGAUUCCGUCCGGUAAGACACUUGAGUUCUCCUGUGGAAGAUCUGGAGAUGUGUAAGGUGGUGGGCGUAAGUGACAAGGUGCUAGUUGUCCAAAGCAUGGUUAAUAAAGAGACAUUUGUUGUAAAGAGUCUGAUGAAAUCCAGUUGGGAAAGCAGGGAGCAGCCGACUAUCAUUCCUCAGGGAGUGCCGUACAUGGUAAAGCUGCUGAGGUAUUACGUCAGCGAGGACACGGUUUACCUCCAUCUUGAACAUGUCAAAGGUGGGAAGCUCUUCUCCAAACUUCACAAGCUGAGGAAAGAGGGAGCCAAAGAACACCCAGACUGCAUCACAUCUGGCCAGCACAACAUCAAGAUGAAGAGCAGCUACACCUCACCUACGAUCUGCACGGACUACCAGCGGGGCGUCAGCAUGGAAAGCGGCCCUCAGAAACUGAGUGACGAGAGCCCGGAUGUGGACGACCCGCAGUCCUGGGACGAGACCCAGCGGCGUCUGGAGAGUUGCGGGACUCACUCCUACAUCGAGGAGACGGGCUGCUUGCAGAACUCCCGCUCGGCUGCAUCGUUCGACACUGACCUCGACCGUGUGACUUUGCUUUCGGGACCCACAAGAACGCAGGUCAGCGCUCGCAUUCAUCCACCAGCUCCGACUUUGUGUUUGCACUCAUCUCAAACUCAGGACAAGCCCACUCUUCCUCUGUCUUGUGCUCGUAUCAGUCAAGCUCUGGACGUCAUGUCAGAACCCAAUGAGAGCAAAGCUGGAACUGGACUAAUAGAGUGCAGCUCUGCCUUUGAAGUAGCUUGGAAGGCUGCAGAUCCGGCACUUAAAGGUGAUCAAAUAAACGCCUAUGCAGUUGUUACUGACAGCGACUUGAAGACGGCACCUCAUUCAAAACAGACCUUGUGUAUAAAAACGGAAUUUCCCAACACUAGAAGUCACAUUUUAAGUUCCUCUCCGGCCAUUUUGCAUCUUCCUCUCCAUUGCCAAACACAAAUUCACGGAAGGGCGUCUUGGGUUGCCUCUGGCUUUCACCAGGGAUCCAUUCUAAGUGCAGCUUACGAGGUUACAAACUUGGACGCCAAGCAGGCCAUCAGCAGUCCCACAUCAGAGGAACGAAAUGGACUGGUGGUCCUUAGGAGCACAGACCAAGUUGUGUUCUCAGACCACUGGGAAGCACGGACCACCUCGGGAAGCUCUUGGCCUUUAUCUGCAAGGGAAACAAGUCCAGUCGACAUGAGCGCCGGUGUUGAAGAAGCCUGUGAACUACUCAGUCCAGGAAAUGUGGCCCCACCCACAGAGGGACUCUUUUCUAGCUGGUACUCCCCUCGCCUCCUCGGAGCCCAAAAGAAGACCGAGGACUCACCGGUGACGAUAGACGGGCAAGGAGAUGACCAGAUCAUUGAGGUGGAUGGAUGGUGCCACAUACCUCGUAUAGCGCUCAAAUCCUCAGAUAAGUCCAGCCGCCAGACCUGCUGGGGGCUCCCCGAAUCUGAAGUGCGUGUGUGGGGGGCCCAGAUCCUGCUGGCCCUUGAGAGCCUUCAUCAGCAGGGCAUCUUAUGUCGUGACCUCAACCCCAAAAACGUUCUGUUCACCAGCAACGGAAAGGUCUGCUUGACUUUUUUUGGACAAUGGAGCGAGGUUCAGUCGGAAAUCAACUGCGAUGCCAUGGAACACAUGUACUGUGCGCCAGAAAUUGGUGGAGUGUCUAGAAUUACAGAAGCUUGUGAUUGGUGGAGUCUGGGGGCCCUGCUGUUUGAACUUCUCACAGGAAUGCCACUAUGGCAACUCCACCCGGCAGGAAUCAACUCCCACACUCAGCUGCUCAUCCCCGACCACCUGAGUACCGCAGCUGCAUCCCUGCUUACUGAGUUGCUUCAGUUUGACGCUGGCUAUCGCCUGGGGUGUGGCGGUGGAGGUGUGAGCGACAUCAAGUGUCAUCCCUUCUUCAGCAGCGUCUCCUGGAAGGCUCUGAGCUGCUAAGCGGGGCAGACCCCGCUGCACCGAGGUCUCCGUGAUGCACUGUGUACUUCCCAAAGAAAAUUGACUCACAAGAAAAGUAACAAACAUAAAUUUCCAUCAACAGCGUAUACGUAAAAGUAUUCGAUUUUUGAUAUUCAUGACUUUUUUAUCUUCGUGCUCAUCUACCAUUAUCACCAUGCAUGACAUUGGUUAACGUUUGACAAUCUUUUAGGCCACCGGUCAUGAUACUAUACACUGUGGAGAAAAUGAGACAAUGCAUUUCACACUCAACAGAAUACUGCCAUCGCCGCACCAUCUGACUGUCUCUUUAAAGAUCUCCGGGUGGUUAGAAAAAGUUAUGUAAAACACAUACCGAAAAGGAUUCUUGAUAGGUAGACUCAAACAACUCACACUAUAUUAAGUCUUCCUAAAACCGAAGAAAAAAAACUUUUUGUAGGGUUAACCAUGAAUGUAAUUGUGCUGAUAAAGCUGCACGUGCAUAUCAAGUCAAACUGGAAAAUAUAUUCAAACAUGUUAGCAGCUUCAAUUCAUACACUACAUACCCAAGUAGUAUGAUGUGUUUUACUUCAGUCAUGAAUUAAACUGCAACUUUCCAUUAAAUGUUUUGUCUCAUUAUAGCCCACUGAGACGGUAAGAGACCUUAAAUAAACAUACACCAAGUCAAGUAAUGUAGCUUUUUAUUAAAACACUUUUUCUUAAAUAUUCUACCAGAGCAUAAAGAGAAUGUUCCACAUUGUUGUGAAACAGCAUCAAUUUUCUAAUUAGAGUUCUUAGCUUUGGACAUAACAUUGUGUUCCUUGGUCUGAAUGCAUCCAUAUUGUUCCGUCAGCCUGCACGUUGACUCUAGAUUUGCCAUCCCACAUUAAGUUGAACAUGUUGUAUGUAGAAAAUUACAUAUGGAGAACAUACAUGAUUGAAUAUACUAUUUGAUCUAAACACCAGAACGCAGGAAAUCCUCAGACAGUACCAAACCCUUAUAUCACUGCCAAACUGAUAUUGCACAACCCAACUGUGUACCCCCCCCCCCCCCC